CGCCCUGUUCACCCCGCCCACCUCCUCACAAGCUUUUAAAAAAAGCCACCAGCUCUCUUUCCUACCAGCAGCUGCUCGAGUCGACAUCAGACACAUCUCGGUCUCAGAAAGUGAUUCAAAAUGACAAUAAUACUGGCUUACUGGGAUAUUCGUGGGCUCGCCCAGCCUGCUCGCCUGCUGCUUGAGUACACCGGCACCAAGUAUGAAGAUAAGUUUUACGUCUGUGGUGAAGCUCCCAACUUUGACAAGAGCAGCUGGGUUGAUGACAAAUCCAAACUGCAAAUGGACUUUCCCAAUCUGCCCUACUUGGAGGAUGGAGACAAGAAGAUAGUGCAGAGCAAUGCUAUCAUGAGAUACAUUGCUCGUAAGCACAGUUUGUGUGGAGAGACAGAGUGCGAGAAGGUUCGUGUGGACAUCUUGGAGAACCAGGCGAUGGACUUCAGAAACGGCUUUGUGAGGCUGUGCUACUCUGACUUUGACAAUAUGAAGCCAGGGUAUCUUCAGAGGCUGCCGGACGUACUGAAGACGUUCUCAGAUUUCUUGGGAGACAGGAAGUGGUUCGCUGGUGAGAAGAUCACUUUUGUGGACUUCAUCAUGUACGAGCUGUUGGAUCAGCACAGGAUGUUUCAGCCUAAGUGCCUGGAUGACCAUAAGAACCUCAAAGAUCUUUUAGACCGUUUUGAGGCUCUGGAGAAGAUUGCUGCCUACAUGAAGUCCGACAGGUUCAUGAAGACUCCUGUCAACAACAGGACGGCCAAGUGGGGAUACAAGAAGGAGUAAAGGAUAAUGCAUUACUGCCUUAGAGAAGUAAAGAAAAGCACAAUGUUCACAAGUGCAACUGACUAAAUAACCCAUAAAUUCAGGACUAGAGAAAAGCUUGUUUGUAGUGUCUUUUUUAAUAAGCUGUUUACUAUAGCUGUUUGUGUAGGUUUCAUGUCCUUUAACCACAUGUAACAGUUUCUGAAUUGUGUAAAAAAGAAAAGUUUUGUAUUGAUAUUAAGAUGAGUACAAACUUUAAUUUGAGUUAAAGCACUUCAUUUACAUUUGAAAGACAGAUUAAAGAAAAUCUUGUACUGA